AUGAGGUUCAACACAGCUGCUUUCGUGGCGUUGGCCUCCAGCUCGGCAUUGGCUCUAACGCCUGCUGAGUGGCGCUCUCAAUCCAUCUAUCAAGUCCUUACUGAUCGUUUCGCUCGAACUGACGGCUCGACUACGGCAACAUGUGAUACUGGAGACCAAGUCUACUGUGGGGGUUCAUUCCAAGGAAUCAUCAAUAACCUUGCCUAUAUUCAGGACAUGGGUUUUACAGCUAUCUGGAUCUCUCCCAUCGUGACGAAUCUCGUGGGAGAUAGCUCAGAUGGAGAAGCGUAUCACGGGUACUGGGCUCAGGAUAUCAACACCAUCAACACCAAUUUCGGCACAGCAGCCGACCUGCAGUCUUUGUCUACUGCGCUUCAUGACCGUGGGAUGUAUCUGAUGGUCGAUAUUGUGACAAACCAUAUGGGAUAUCUUGGGUGCGGGACAUGUGUUGACUAUAAUGUCUUUACUCCUUUCAACUCGGAGUCCUACUACCAUCCGUUCUGUCUGAUUGAUUACAACAAUGCGACGAGUAUUCAGGUUUGCUGGGAAGGAGACAACACGGUCUCGCUCCCUGACCUAAGAACCGAGGAUUCGGAUGUGUUGAGUGUGUUUGAGACUUGGGUUGCGAAUCUGGUUUCCACGUAUUCGAUUGAUGGAUUCAGAGUCGAUAGUAUGCAGCAGGUUGAUCAGGCUUUCUGGCCUCCGUUUCAGUCUGCUGCUGGGGGAGUUCAUAUGCUAGGUGAGGUCUUUAAUGGAGAUCCGACUUAUGUCUGUCCGUAUCAGGAGUACAUGACUGGAUUACUCAAUUAUCCUGCAUAUUAUUGGAUCACUCAAGCAUUCGAAUCAACAAGCGGAAGUAUCAGCAACCUGGUGAACGGUAUCAAUGAAAUGAAGUCCGACUGCUCAGACACCACACUCCUCGGUUCAUUCCUAGAAAACCACGACAAUCCUCGCUUCCCAUCCCUCACCUCCGACAUCUCCCUAACCAAGAACGCAAUCGCCUUUACCAUCCUCGCUGACGGAAUCCCCAUCAUCUACGAAGGCCAAGAACAACACUACAGCGGCUCCGGCGUCCCCUACAACCGCGAAGCAAUCUGGCUCUCGGGCUACUCCACAACCUCCACCUUCUACACCUGGAUCGCGUCCCUCAACCAAAUCCGCAACCAAGCCAUCUACCUCUCCAGCGCCUACGUGACCUACAAAGCGUACCCCAUCUACUCAGACACCACUACAAUCGCUAUGCGCAAAGGCGCCACGAACUACCAGAUUAUUUCCGUGUUCAGCAACCUGGGGGCGGGAGGCAGUAGUUACACCUUAACUUUGAGUUCGGCGGAAACAGGAUUCACGGCAAAUCAAGCCUUGGUUGAAGUCAUGAGCUGCACGGCGUACACCACGGAUUCGAGCGGGAACUUGGCUGUUGCGAUGGCGGGUGGUUUGCCACGGGUCUUUUAUCCUGAAGCUGGGUUGGCGGGGAGUGGGAUUUGUAGCUCCUCUACCGCAACCUCCACCCCUACCUCUACAUCCACCUCAACCUCCGCAACCUCCACAUGCACCUCCCCCUCCUCCCUCCCGAUAACCUUCACCGAACUCGCCACAACAACCUACGGCCAAACCAUCAAGCUCGCGGGCUCUCUCCCGGCCCUCGGCUCCUGGGACACUUCAUCCGCCAUCCCGCUCUCCGCGUCCGAAUACACGGCCUCGAACCCGCUGUGGGAGGGCACGGUCAGUCUGCCCGCGGGCGCGGUCGUCGAGUACAAGUUUAUUAAUGUCGCGAGUGAUGGGACGGUUACGUGGGAGGCGGAUCCGAAUCACACGUUGACGGUGCCCGCUGGGUGUGGGGCGAUGGGGGAGAGUGUGGCGGGAGUUUGGCAGAGUUAG